GUGACCGGAAAUGUGAACGGCCAGCAGCAGGGAGGAAAUGCCGCUAACGGCAAUGGGGUGACGCCCGCGACUCCAGCUGCGACUCCUGGUGCCAACGCGCCAGGGAGCGGCAUUGUGCCUACUUUGCAGUGAGUAUACUCUACUGUUUCUCUAUCUGGUUCACCAGAAUACUGAACAAUGAUGUCUUUUUUCUUUUUUUUUUUUUUUCAAGAAACAUUGUCGCAACUGUCAACCUGGACUGUCGUCUGGACCUGAAGACUAUUGCACUCCACGCGAGAAACGCGGAGUACAACCCUAAGCGUUUUGCGGCCGUUAUCAUGCGUAUUCGAGAGCCCAAGACCACCGCUCUGAUCUUUGCCUCCGGCAAGAUGGUUGUCACGGGUGCCAAAUCCGAGGACGACUCGAAGCUCGCUUCCAGAAAGUACGCGCGUAUCAUCCAGAAGCUUGGUUUCAAUGCCAAGUUUACAGACUUCAAGAUCCAGAACAUUGUCGGUUCUUGUGACAUCAAGUUCCCCAUUCGUUUGGAAGGCUUGGCGAGUCGCCACCACAACUUCAGUUCCUAUGAACCUGAGCUGUUCCCUGGUCUCAUCUAUCGUAUGAUGAAGCCCAAGAUUGUGCUCUUGAUUUUCGUUAGCGGCAAAAUUGUCUUGACUGGUGCCAAGGUCCGUGAAGAGAUAUACCAGGCUUUUGAACUGAUCUAUCCUGUGCUCUCUGGUAUGUCACUUCACUAUUGUUUACUGUGUGCACUCACUGACCCACUUGAAGACUUCCGCAAGGUCUAAGCACAAGAUAGCGACGGAGGACUGAGUCUUUCUCUCUCUCUCUCUCUCUGUCUUUCUCUCACCCUUGACCAACACCUCUGCCUUCAAAAAA